AUGUUUUCGUCGCCGUACUACGCCGUCAACGUCCUUACGAACAUCGCUUCACCACAUCAGGAAGCCGCGCCGAGUUUACGUCAAAUACGUUUUCGUCACUUCAUCGCAUCAGGAGGAUACGCUGAGUUUUCGGACUUUUUGGUGUUCUACCGAUGGUCAUGUAUUGUAAUUGCAGCCAUGAUGUAUGUGGUAGUGGUAAUUCUGCUGCGUAAGAGGUUUAUCAAGACAUCAAGGGCUUUCGUUCCAUCAAUGAGCAAAAUGCAGAGCAACAAAAUCAUGCGUAGCAAUGUUACAAUGGUCACUGAUCAACUUUCUCAUAUUCUUCGUGCGGCAUCGUGA